GGCAGAGAGCUUCCGCUGCACUAUAUAUUAACACAAACAGAGCACGAAAGCCAGACUCUCUAGAAACAGGCACGUUCUCAAACCAGUAACAUUUGUUGUUUUUCGCUUUCGUUCUCAUCAUCAUCAUCAUCAUCAUCAUCAUCAUCCUCUCAUGAGAAACACUCCGUCGUCUCCUCUUUGCGACCUCGAGCUCCAAACCCUUCUUCGAUGAUGGUGACUUCGCCCAAGCUUCUCAAGAACUCUCUUCUCGCCAUCUCUCUUACCCCGAAAAUCGCUGUUGCUGCCGGCGUCCAUCAGCUUUGCCGCUACUCUUCCGAGGCGGUGGUGGAGAAGGAGUACGAGGAGUACCGAAAAUCUCUUUAUGGAGAGAUCACUCACAGGGCGGUGCUGGUCGACGCGGUCGGCACCCUGCUUGUUCCCUCCCAGCCCAUGGCUCAGAUUUAUAGAACGAUUGGAAAGAAAUAUGGGGUCAUGUACUCUGAGGAUGAAAUUUUGGAUCGGUACCGGUGGGCGUAUGAGCAGCCUUGGGGACGAUCUCGGCUUAGGUAUGUGGAUGAUGGAAGACCCUUUUGGCAAUUCAUAGUCAGCUCUUCAACAGGGUGUUCAGAUUCAGAGUACUUUGAGGAGGUGUAUCACUAUUACACAACUAAUAAAGCAUGGCACCUUGUUGAUCCUGAUGCUGAAGAAGUUUUUAAAGCCCUGAAGAAAGCUGGAGUGAAAUCUGCUGUUGUGUCGAACUUUGACACCCGUCUGCGGCCUCUUUUGCAAGCACUGAGAUGUGAUCACUGGUUCGAUGCUAUUGCAGUCUCAGCUGAGGUAGAAGCUGAAAAACCAAACCCCACAAUUUUUAUAAAAGCAUGUGAGCUCCUGGGAGUAAAUCCUGAGGAUACAGUGCAUGUAGGGGAUGAUCGCAGGAAUGAUAUAUGGGGUGCUAGGGAUGCAGGUUGUGAUGCAUGGCUUUGGGGUAGUGAUGUCCACUCAUUCAAGGAGGUUGCACAGAGAAUCGGGGUUAAUGUUUAAGGAGAAGCUCAUUCACACCGCCUGCUUAUACUGUGGUGCCACCUCAUAAAAAGGUUUUUCACCGGCCGUCAUGCUCCUCUUUGAUAUUGUAAAUUGAGAUCAGCAUAAAUAAUGAGAGAAAUUGAGAGGACUGUAUCCGGAUAUUCUAAGCAUAAAAACUUCUAGCUUUGAACUGAGACUAAGGCCUUUUGCCUCUAUGAUUGGAAGUUUUACCUUUGUAGUACAAACUUCUCCCAAGUUACUAUCACCAAUUGAUCAGCAGCUACCAUCAAUUGGGAAAAAUGCAUGAAAUUGAAGCAUGCACAACAUGAUCUAAAUUUGGUGAAGAAGCAGAGCUUUCUUUGAUGUAUCUGACAGGACUCACUUCGGGAUCAAAAGUUUAAACUGAUCAGGCUUUAGUUGACCUGAACUUCCUGUCUUUAAACAAAGGGGGCGUGUUCUUUUCUGUUAUCCAUCUUUUAAUAUGUUAUGAGAUUGUUCAGUUUUUUUUUUUUUAA